UCGCGUGUGGCAACUUGUGGCAACUGGCAACAUUAGUCUGAUGAUUGAUGUUUCACGUACGGAUGUAGAGAAAGUAAUUUGUGAUUUUUCCAAGUUUAUCUCGUUUAAACGUGAAAUGAUCAUUUCCGUGUCGUGAGAAAUGCUCUUUUUGCUGUUUAGAGUCAAUCGCGAACGUAAAAUAAAAAGUGUUUUAAAGUCAAAAUGUUGGGAGACCGCUAUGACUGAUCGUUUUUAUCGUGGCUGUUUAUAGUGUUUUUAUGAGUGCAUUUAAAAGUCAAUGGGAAGGAUGCCGAGGGGAGAACACAGGCCUAGCACCCUGUUGUCGCGGGACGAGAACGAGCAGGUGUUCAGCCUCAUCGGUCCUAAGUGCCAGAGCUUAGCGACUGCCGUCGUCCAACUGUUCACGACAGAAGGUCCCGCGCAUUCAGAAUGGAAGAAAAAGGACACCGGUGUACUGUGCCUUAUCAAGGACAACGGCAGGCGGUCCUACUUCUUCCGUAUCUAUUGCCUGUACCGCAAGGCUAUGAUAUGGGAACACGAAGUCUACCUCCAGAUAGAAUACAAAAGCCCCAGACCUUAUUUACACACGUUUGAAGCAGAGGACUAUAUGACCGCGUUCAAUUUCGCCAACGAAGAUGAAGCGAAAAUACUUAAAGACACGCUUAUCGAGAAGAUCGAAUUACGGAAACAGAGACGACAAGAACGACGGCAAAAAUCAAUGAUGGCGGCCCGCAUGAACAGCACGACGUCACAGCGAUCAGUUCGACACAACGGCGUCGCUCCGCCAAUGCCAGUCCCUCUGCAGCCUCCCCUGCAAGCUCCCCUGCCCACACCACAGCCUGUUAAAGCACCUUCCUUCUCAGGUGGAAAUUAUACUUUGAAAAGCAAAAAGCCUAAAGGUAGGAAACUAACAAAAGCUGACAUCGGCUCCCCGAAAGACUUCCAGCACAUAUCCCACGUCGGCUGGGAUGCUAACAAAGGCUUCGAUGUGGACUUACCUGAAGAAGAGAUGCGAUCAUUCUUCUCAAAGGCGGGCAUAUCGGAGACUCAGCUGCAGGAUCACGACACUAUGGAGUUUGUAUAUGACUUUAUCAACUCGCACGGCGGCAUCAACGCCGUCAAAGACGACCUGCACGACGCACCUCGACACAACAAAAAUUCGAUUCGUUCCCCUGCGCCGCAGUCAGCGCCCCCCGCGCCGCCCGCUCCCCCCGCACCCACCCCCGCAUCCCCCGCCGCGCCAGACCCCCGCGCCGCCCUCAUGGAGAGCAUACGUAGCGGCAACAAACAGCUUAGGCAUGUGGAGGUCGGCUCCAAGACAUCGUUGAACGAAGACAACAGAAGCAAUCUGCUGAGCGAAAUCAGACGCGGCAUCGAUUUAAAAUCGGUAUCUCGUUCUACAAGCAGCUCGGGCGAGAGGGCGAAGCCCGAAGCCCAAGUGCGUUCGUGCGGCCUGGCCGAAGCACUAGCGCGGGCGCUGGACGAACGUAACCGCGCCAUACACUCAUCCGACUCUGACGAUACCGAUGCCGACAGCGACGGCGAGUGGGACCAGUGACGUCACCACAAGGACGCUGUGACGUCACACAUUCCGACACUGCAUAACAUCAGGCGACAAUACUGCGUCAGAUAACGCCGACACUUAUGACGGUAUUAGAUUUCGACACUUCUUUCGCCGACAUCAUUGUGUCGGUCUAAAGAUUUACAAGUCAUAACAUUUUUGCCAUCGAAUCGAUACAACCACAAAGUGUUAAAAUGUUAUUUUAUUGUAAUUAUUGCGUAUAAAGGUGCGUACACACUACAAUACUUCUUUGUAAUUUAAUUUUGUAUUUUCUUCUUUCUUUUAAAAUAUAACACUUUUACUUCGAUUCACUUGCACAUUGUUCAGUGAAGCGAAUCAUUUAUAUGUUUAUUAGUAUCGAUUCAUUAAUUCAACAAAUUACGAUGUAAACUCAUUAGUACGCUAUAAGCUGUGACGUCAUCGUACUAAAGUAUUUUAUUCUUCCAUGAUCCAGUAUUGUUCAGCUACUGGAUGUUUCGAUUCAUAGUACUAAUGAAUGGACCAUUCAGAUAACACAAUAUAUCGAUUGUAUUCGAUAUUAUCCUUGCGUGAUAUAUAGGCAUAAUAAUUAUAAUAAGCUCCCGAAGUGUCAUACGUUGUGUACCCUGGGUCGCUCAAUUAAAAAAAAAUUACUGCCUCUACAGUAGUAAACAUUUUUUGUAUGAAGAACUCUGACAUGUUUGAAACAUUACAUACUCUAUGGUCACUUACGUUCCGUUACGCAACAAAUUAUUAGUCUUUUUUGAAAUAUUAUUGUUAAGUAUUAUUAAGUAAAUAACAAGGUGCAAAGGUAUUUUUUUUAUUUUGCAAAAUUAGAAAGUACUUCAUCAAUAGACAUUUUAAUAGUAUUGGUAUAAUAAUUAUUUGUAGUAUUUAGCAUGUUUUUUAAUUUUUUAACUGUCAA